AUGCCCAAGGAAGUACCAUACUUUUCGAUAUUUUCAACUAAUAAGCAAAAUGAUACCGUAGUACCAGUUAAGAAAAAAGUAUCCAAAGCAUGUGAUUUUUGUAGAAAAAGAAAGAUCAAGUGUGAUGGACAAUCACCUUGUGAUAAGUGUCAACUUCGCUCCAAAAUAUGCACAUAUGCAUCUAAAAAUCUGGUAUUUAAAAAUGCAACCAGUCUUAAUAAUAAUGUUAUCAUAACUGGUCAGCCAACUCAACCCUCCCUGAUUGCUGGAAACAACAGUACCAAUAAUACUAAAAGUAUUACAAAAAAAACUAACUCUAAGAAAAAAGUUACUAAAUUAUUGAAAAAUCAUCAAAAGUUACUCACAGCACGCAUCAGUAAUCAAUAUAUUAAAGACAAAGAUUCCAAUAAAAACAAUACAGACCCUAAUUAUAAAGAGAUUUUGCAAUCCAUUUUCCCCAGAAUUAAUUUUAAUUCAGAAAAUUUUUCUUCAAAGAAAUUACUUAACAUUCUUCAACAAUAUAGGAUUUCUUCUCCAACGGAAACGGAACUUUUACCUAUAAAUUCAAUCAGUUCUCAAUUUGAACAACGAGCAGAUACAAACAGUCUCCAUUUAGAUGCCAAUAAGAGUAUCAACGCCGUUUUUAAUGGCAAAAUCAAGAAUAGUAUAAAGGAACCCUUGACCGAAUUGCCUCCUAUAGAUUUGGCCUUGAAGUUAAUUUUUAAAACAUGGGAUUCUGCUUGUAUUUUAUUUCGAUUUUACCAUAGACCCUCUUUUAUUAAAAUAUUGCACAGUUUAUAUGAAACUAAUCCAACGGAUUAUAAUGAACAACAACGGAAAGCUUUGCCAUUGAUAUACUCUGUAAUAGCAUGUGGUGCCCUAUUCUCCAAAGAAGAUAUCACAGAUGAAAAUACUAGAGUUUUUUAUGAAGAUGAAGGGUAUAGAUAUUUUACACUGGCUAAAAACUCGAUAGACCUAACCAACUCUUCAGACAUGUAUACAAUACAGGCAUUUUUUAUGAUGACCUUAUUUUUACAGUGCUCCGCUAAUCUAAGCAAUUCUUAUUCUUAUAUUGGAAUUGCUCUUAGAGGUGCAUUAAGGGAAGGCUUACAUAGAAGGAUCGGUAAUAAUAAAAUAAGUCCCCUUGAGGCUGAAACCAGGAAAAGAUUAUUUUGGACGGUAUAUAAAAUGGAUAUUUAUAUGAAUUGCAUUUUGGGAUUACCUAUUUCCGUUAGGGAUAGUGAUGUUUGUCAAGAGCUACCCUUGGAUGUGGACGAUGAAAACAUCUUUGCUGACAUCAUCAUACAGCAGCAAUGGGGCAAAGUUAGUAGCUGUGGGCUAAAUAACGAGCACACAAAAUUAAUUUUGAUCUUAAAAAAGAUUAAUGAUGUGGUCUAUCCCACAAAAUCUUCGAAUAAGCAUUUACCUAGUCUAGAUAAAAUUUCUAAAUUGGAAAUUGAGUUAAAUAACUGGAUGGAACAAUUACCGUUGCAGUUAAAGCCAAAGUAUCAGUUAGAUUUGCAGCAACAAUUGAAACAACCGUCCUUAAGUGCUGACGUAGCAACACACAAAGAAAAUAUUAAUAAAAUAAAAUUAUAUUUGAAGGCUAAUAAUUUGUUGUAUUUGGAUUACCUACAUGCCAGGAUUUUUAUUUAUAGACCCUUUAUUCAUUAUAUAGCUUUACACCCAUCAAAAUACCCUCAGUUCACCGAACAAUUUACCUUGGCACAAAAGUGUAUACAACUUGCUAGAAAAGUUGUUCAUGUUGCCCAGGAUAUGAUUGCUGACAAUUUGCUAAGUGGUUGUUAUUGGUUUGCCAUUCACACUAUAUUUUUUUCCGUUGCUUGUUUACUUUAUGCAACACAUUACAAUAUAGAGAGUGGAGAAGAUAUACGGAGAACUGAUAUUGUAAAUGAUGCCAAGAUAGGGUUUGGUAUCUUAAAUAAAAUCAAGAGUUCAAGUAUGGCGAGCGAAAGAAUCUUUCAACUUUUAAAUAAUUUGUUUGAAAAAUUAAAUGAUGAUACUGUUCAAUUAUAUAGGGAAAAAUUGCAUGAGUUGAACAGCCAUAAUAGUGACAAUUUUAAUGCUGCUAACAAUUUUUUAGGUUCAACUACCAUCAGUUCAAUGGACACUAAUUCUGUUUCUAGACUAUUGGAUAUUCCACAACUAGUUGAUGACAACACAUUUAUUAAGAAAGUUAAAACAAACUCUUCAUCUAUUGCUUCUGAUAAAGCACGUACUGAAAGUGGACAAUUAAAAGAUAUAAUAAAAAUUGAACCAAAAGAUAGUGCUGACACUAAUAAUGCUGAUCAAACAUCAAAUUAUGUUAAUUAUAUACAACACCAAAGGCAUUCCAUACCAAAAUUGAUUAGUUUAUUUAAUUCCAGAUCGGAUUCACAUAUUUCGAGCACUAUAGGUACAAACCAUACAGGGGCAAUUACAAUGCAUUCGGAUGCGGUUACUAGUAUUAAUAGUAAUAUGAAUAACACUACUAACAAUAACGAAGAAAAUACACCAAUUACAACUGUCGAUGGAGAUGACAAAAUGGUAGAAAAUACGGACUUGUCAGCCAACAAUUAUUUACCUGGCAUAUUUGAUGAUUGGGAUUUAUUAUUAGGUAAAAUUUUCCCAUCAUAUAUGAUUAUGGAUGACUAUUUGAAUGAUUCUGGUACACCUUCCAAUAAAAGCCUGUGA